GUCCAAUUAAUCGACACACACAUACCCACACCAGCAGCAACAAUGGCGGCCCGGAGGAUUAUGACGCAACCCAUCAAUCUGAUCUUUCGGUUCCUUCAGAGUGACUUGAGGAUUGAAGGCCGUAUAAUUGGGUUUGACGAGUACAUGAAUUUGGUUCUUGAUGAGGCCGAGGAAGUAAGCAUAAAAAAGAAGACCAGAAAGUCUCUAGGCAGGAUUCUGCUGAAAGGAGACAAUAUUACCCUCAUGAUGAAUUUGAAUGCAGGUAUUCAAGGUGAUUUGGCAAGUUAGUCUUCAGAAG